AUGGAGCUAUUGAAAGACAGGUUUUAUGAGAGCUUGAUAAAAUAGUCUUAUGAUUCUUAAAUUUAGCAAAAUAAAUAGAGCACAACUUAGGCAAAUUAGACCGUUUAUGAUCAGACUGAUCCAGAAUAGUUUAAACUGUACAUUGAGCAAUAUAUGCAUCAUUAUUUAUCCAAGAAAAUCCCUCAAACUAAAAUUAAGUUCUAUGAAGUUGACAAGCAGACAUAAAAUAUUGAGAAUGAGUUUCCCUAUGUAGCAGAAAAGUUCGAAUAGGAGGAGUUAGAUGCUUUUGCUUAAGCUGUUUCCUCAAAUCAUAAUAGACCCUUGUUAGAGAUGGAUAUCAAUGUCAUAUUGAAUUUGGUAAAAUAAAAAAGAACAGAGAAAGAAAAGUAGCUACAUGCAAAUUUGUAGAGUGAGGAGAUGAGGUAAAUUGAGGAUGAUUUUGAGAUGGAUGAAGAUGGCAAUAUAAUAAUCAGAAAAGAGUAAAAUAUGCAAGAAGAUAUUGAUGUAGAGGAACAGGUGCAACAAAUCAGUAAUGAUAGCAGAUUGUGGGUUGAUAAGUAUACUUCAAAAAAGUAUAUUGACUUAUUGACAGAUGAAGUUACAAAUAGAAAUGUGCUUACUUGGCUUAAAACAUGGGACGAAAUGGUCUUCCCUUAUAACGAUAGGGUAAAUUUAAAAAUGCCACUUAGUAUGCAGAAAAAAUUUGUUUAAUCAGGAUACAACCAAAUUCAUACAGGAUAAAAAAGUUCACCUUAAAGUCAUUAGUUUAUACAGCACUAGGAUAUAUUUUCCUACAAAAACAAAAAGGUCAUAGUUUUGUAUGGGCCACCUGGUACUGGUAAGUCUACCAUGGCAAGAGUAUUAGCUAAUCAUUGCGGCUAUAGAGUUUAAGAGAUCAAUGCCUCAGAUGAAAGAUCAGGGGAGAAAAUAUUAGAAAAAAUAAAAAAUGCUACACAAAUGAAUUCAUACUUUGGAUCUGCACCAUCAGCUGGAGGAAAUGGAUAAGAUGAUUCUACAAAGCCUGUAUGUCUUAUUGUAGAUGAAGUUGAUGGAGCUCUUGGUGGAGGUAGUGGUCAGGAAUCUACAAAGGGUGUAGGCUUGAUAGUAGAGUAUCUUAAAAAAUGCAUUAGCUAUUCUGAAAAAACUACUAAAAAAAAGAAUAAUGAUAACAAUGAAGAUGAAGAUGAUGAAGAUAUUGAUGAAAAACCAAAUACUGAUGAGGAUUAAGAAGAAAAUAAAUAUAUUAAAAAAGGCACCAACAAAAAGAAGAAAGAUGAUGGAAUCAGAGAGCUCAGGAGACCUAUUAUAUUCAUAUGCAAUGAUUUAUACACUAGAGCUCUUAUUCCUUUAAGAGAAAUAGCAUUAGCAGUCAAAAUUGAAGAGUCUAAUUUUGAAAGAUUACUUACUAGACUCAGAUAUAUUUGCAAGCAGGAAAACUUUAAGAUUGAGGAUUAAAUAGUAAGAGAACUUUGUGAAGAGACUAGAUACGACGCCAGAAGUUGUAUUAAUACUCUAUAAUUUUUAGCUUCUCAAUAGAGAGGUGGAGGAGAAAAAAUCACAGUUAAUUAAGCAAUUGAGGCUUAAGGAAGAUUGUAUUCUGGGAAAGAUUCAUUUGAUAGAAUUUUCAACGUCAUUGAUGAUAUUCUAUUCUGUAAAGACAGACAUACUUAUACCAAUAAUACAAAACUUAUAAAAGAAGUGAAAGAAAAGGUGCAUAGUGUUGGAGAUCCUGAGCUGAUAAACGAUUACCUUUAUCAUAAUUAUAGUGGAUGUGUGAACUAUUUUGACGACGAUCUAGAAAAGACUGCUUUCUUUUUAGAUAGUUUAUCUAGGGCUGAUAUAAACGAUCGUUUCAUUAGAAGAACAUAGAAUUAUGAAAUGUUAGCAGUUCAAUAUCUUCCUGCUUACACUUUUAGAAAAUUUUGCUCUGGAAAUCGAGCAAAUAAAACUGAAUUCCCUAGAGAAAUUAAAAACAUUAGAUAAACUAUACAAAAGAACAAAUAUAUCUUUGAUCAAUUAUUAGAUCUAGAAGGAACAAGAAUGUAAAAAAAAGGUUAUAGAAGAGUUAAGAAAAAUGAAGUAGUGGACGAAGAAAGAUUUAAGCUAGACAAAAAUACUUCACUAUAGACUGGAGUGAGAAAGAGAGAUUUUAACACUGAUCUCCUUCCAUACAUCUAUUAAAUGAUUCAUCCACAGAUUAGAGAAAUAAAUACCUAGCUUUUUACAAAGCAUGAGAAGCAAUCUUUCUCAACAGCAUUAGAGAUAAUGGUGAUGUUUGACAUCACUUUAACCGAGGAGCAAGAUCCUAAUGAAUAAACUAAUCUAACUUCAUAAAAUCCUGAUAUUGCUAAAUUUGAGCCUAAUAUUACUUAGUUAGUUACCUUCUUAGGAGGAAAUAAACUCUAUAUGAGGAAUAAAACUUAAGUUCUUGUGAUGUAAAACUAUGAAAGCAUAAAACAGAGAAUGCUAACAUCUAAUGCUAAGGCUGAUGAUUACUUUGAAUAUAUGAGUAUGAAGAAAACCUAGGCAAUUGAAGAUACCAAAUUAUAAGGCUAUGGAUUCUUAGCUGGUUUUGCCUAGCAAUCUUAGCAAAAUUAAAAAAAGAGAAGAUUGGACUAGAUAUCAGGAGGAAGUGCUGCACCUCCUAUUCAACAGACAAAUGCAUUAUCUCUAGACGAAAAAGCGAAUAAGAAUGUAGGUAGAUUUAUCUAUAAAUUUAAAGAAGGUCACUCCAAGAACUUUAAGAGAGAGUUAAAUUUCGACUAUUUUAUUUCAUGA